AUGCCGUCUCCCCGCAACAACAUCCCGCAUCUGCGCGACCUCUUGGGCUAUCCCACCUCUCCCCCGUCUUCACCACUCCCCAUACCCACUCUCGCUACACGUGACUCUUAUCCAGGUGUACCCUUGAGCCUGCAAAAAGCUGACCCCUCGUCCCAUCCAGCCAAGCGCAAAGCGACCACCGAUCCUCCCAACGCCUCCCCCAAGCGCAUAAAGCAUAGCCCACCUACACCCGAGCAGACCGACGACGCCCCCGCGCCACCAGUCAAGAGGAUAGUGCCCUUUCCAGAAAAGCCUGCGGUUAUCGAGGAGCGCAAUGGCGAGAUUGAGUUCAGAGUCGUCAACAACGAUGGUCGGCGGGAAAGCACAAUCAUCUUGACGGGCUUGAAGUGUAUCUUCCAGAAGCAGCUGCCCAAGAUGCCCAAGGACUACAUUGCUCGUCUCGUCUACGACCGAACGCACUUGAGUAUAGCUAUUGUGAAACACCCGCUUGAAGUGGUAGGAGGCAUAACCUACCGCCCCUUUGACAAGGGUCAGUUCGCCGAAAUCGUCUUUUGCGCCAUCUCAUCGGAUCAGCAAGUCAAAGGCUACGGUGCUCAUCUCAUGUCGCAUCUGAAGGACUAUGUCAAAGCCACAUCCAAAGUCAUGCACUUUCUCACCUACGCCGACAACUACGCCAUUGGAUACUUCAAGAAACAGGGCUUCACCAAGGAAAUUACACUGGAAAAGUCGCGAUGGAUGGGCUACAUCAAGGACUACGAGGGCGGCACUAUCAUGCAAUGCAGCAUGGUCCCCAAGAUCCGCUACCUCGAAUCCGGUCGUAUGCUCCUUAAGCAAAAAGAGUGUGCAAAUGCGAAGAUAAUGGCUGUAAGCAAGAGCUACGAAAUACACUCGCCGCCAGCUCAAUGGACAAAGGGGGAACUCAAGCCCAUCGACCCCCUCACCAUCCCCGCCAUCAAAGACUCCGGCUGGUCCCCCGUCAUGGACGAACUCGCCCGCGCCCCACGCCACGGACCCAACUACAACGCCCUCCUCCACCUCCUCAACGACAUGCAGAACAACAGCAACGCCUGGCCGUUUCAACAACCCGUCAACAAAGACGAGGUCCUGGAUUACUACGAUGUCAUCAAAGAACCUAUGGAUCUUGCUACCAUGGAGGAGAAGCAUGAAAAGGAUCUUUACCCUAACCCAGAGGAUUUCAUCAGAGAUGCUAAGCUUAUCUUUGACAAUUGUCGCAAGUAUAACAAUGAGAGUACGCCGUAUGCUAAGGCUGCGAAUCGACUCGAGAGGUACAUGUGGCAGCGCAUACGUGAUAUUCCGGAGUGGUCGCAUUUGGAAGGGGAAAUGACAGGCAAGUAA